AAAUGAGUUUCCUCCACAGGGUGUCUACGCUCUCYAUUUGAGAUAGGGUGAGAAGCUCAGUCAUCCAGGAGGCGAAUUGCUCUAAAUUGUCAAUUCAUUCUCCCAUCCUGAGCAAGCACAGGGCAGCGGGCGACAGUGGAGUGGAAUGACUCCCUUCYAACAGGAAGUGGCCUAAAGAAGUACCAGACUCAGGAUGGUCGGCACUUUGACUUUAUUAAACAAAUUGAAAUAAAAGAAUAAACAAUGUUAUGUUCAAAAGAAAAUAAAUUUCAAACAAAGGAAGAACAAUAGUGAGUUAUAUUUACACGUUCAAAGGAGUGUGUUGAAGUAUAAAAUUUACCUCAACCAGUGGGAGUUGAAAGGACAGGAAUGAGACACAGAUAAACAAAGGUUUGGGCUAAAAUGGGAAAAGAAAAAGCAAACAAAAGAGAGAGAUAAUUGCAACAAUGAUUUAAAAAUAUUUAGAGAAAAGUAUCAAAAACAGCAGAAAGAGGAAAAAUGGUCUGUUUUGUAUGCUUUUCUAUUUCUGGCUGAAUUUUUCUUUAAAAUUUGUGCAAACUAACCUUUUUUUCUCUUUUAGAGUCAGUUAAACAACUCUGCAUGGAGCACAUGAACAAACUGACAUCAAAAAUGCCUGAAAAUAUGACCAAAUCAGUAACAAAAACCACUUGCUGCUAUCACAAARAUCUUUUCUUCCAUCAUGUCAGUGUAUCAGCUGUGCAGAGUGUGUCUUUCUGGAUUAUUAUUUUUUUUGGUCAGAUUUUAGUUUGAGCGGAAAAAUAAUGGGCCUGAUUCCGCAACGUUAGUCAGACGACAUCUCUGCAUGUGAGAAGUCGAAAGUACAAACAUGACAAUAUGAGUGGGCAGGAAGACAGGAAGAGGUAACCCAGGUAAGGAAAUAGUGACACAGGAUGGGUAGAGUGAGUGAGAAGAGGAGGAGGUUAAACUCACCUCGUARAAGUUGACAAAACAAGAAGCAGAAGAGAAGGAGCAUCACGUUUAAGGUAAAGGCUUUUGUUUCAUUGGGGUUGAUUUAAGAUCAGUUUUACAGAUGAUAUCCUGCUUUCUGAAAGUUAUAUUUAUAAACAACCAUGAAAGAAACAUGUACUUAAGAGGUAUUUAUAUUUAUUUGUGUACUUUCUUACAUUUUUCUCUCAAUCAGGAUGGGUUUUGUGCAAUACUUCUUGACUGUGCUGUUGACCGCACAGUUGCUGCUCGCCAUUCCCACGCAGAUGGAGGGGACCUACAGGGAUUCUAAAAGGUUAUGUCAAAAAUGUCCUGCAGGUAAGUUUGCAAAGUCUUGUAACGUGUGUGAACCCUGCCGGGAAGGAACUUWCACGUCUGAGCUGAACAGCGAAGACUCUUGCUUCCCCUGCUUCAGAGACUGCUUGCCAAAAUACCACUUGAGGGUGGUUCAGAACUGCACAAGUACAACCCCGCUGAAGUGUGAGUGCGAGCCCGGGUUCGUAUGCAUCGCAAUGGCCUCAGGUUUAAAAAACUGCAGAACCUGUGAGAGAGUACCGAACACAACUGUAGCGGUUUCGAGUAAACCUGCAUCCUCUCCUCCUUCCUCGGGUCAAACAGAACCCUGCCGGUCCCCAAAAUGUGGCCUUCAGCCAGUCCCAACACCAGAUCCUGGCUCUGGGACCAGUUCUGAUAAAGAACACAGGAAUGCUCAGCUGGCAGCCAUUUUGUGCCCCUUGACUUUUAUUGGAUUUGUUGCCCUCCUCGCCCUGUUCUGCAUCUAUAGCCCCCGAGAUGAAACAUGUUUCAGACAAACUAUCACAAAGCUGUGCAAUGAGAAAGGAAAAGAUGCUCCUAGCACAUCAAAGGAGGCAAUGCAUCAGUUCCCCAAAGACUCAUCCAGUGCAAAGCAGCAGACUUCGUCCUCUUCUGCUGCCAAUUUAGGCCCGGUUCACGUUCACAACCCGGGAACAGUCAUCUUCAGCCUGCUCAGUCAGUUCACGGGUCAGGUCGGCCCGACGAUUCUGGGCGGAAAGAGAGGGGAAGACGAGAAAGACUGUCCGGUGUUUCAUCAUGCGCCCUCGCCCAGUGUUCCUCUCUCCGAGGAGGAGAGGAGCAGCGAGGCGGACAACAUCUUCUUCCCCUCCCAGGAGCAAGGCAAGGACUACCACAUGUCCAAGGAGGAGGUCUUGUGACGUCUCAGAAGUAUCCCACGGGACUUGUUUUUAAAGGAAAUGCUGGCAUUCAGAGAAUUCAAUCUUUUAAAAAAAACAUUACAAAAGUGUAAACUCAACUACAGAGACGUGUAGGGACGAUUCAUCUACCUCUGGAAAACUGACAGCUGCAAUAUUCCCUGCAGGUCCCGGAAAACUCUGUGGAAUGUGAUCUUUUUUGUAAGUUAUUACUCAUCAAACUAUGUAAAUACUUUCAAAUUAGCUGCGUCAGCUAUGGCACUUGUAAACAUUUUGAGUGAAAUAAAUUUUUUAUUGUGAAUAAAGGAAA